CACUGGCACCAGACACACACAUGAUGCAUAGACAUACAUGUAGGCAAAACAUCCAAAAAUGUUAAAAAUUAGAGCCCUAAUAUCAAAGAUGGUAUUUUGUUAGGGCCUUGUUAAACAAGUAUAAAGAAGGAAUUGGUUUUGGUUCUCUUAAGAAACUCAAGGUUUCUCAUUUGGACUGAUGUGGCUUCUCUUGUAUCCUGCCCACUUCCUUCUCACUAAGCCACACGUAUUUCUCCCAUCACACACUGAAGUGAGCCAUGCAACAGCACCAAAAGGAGCUACUGUUCUGUAGUAAGAGCUGAACCCCAGGUCUGUUAUUAACUAUUCACUGUAUUGUUGGCUAAUUAAUUUUUCUGAACCCUUUCUUCACUAUAAAAUGAAACAAUAAUACCUACUCCAGAAAAGAAGCUGGGCACAGUGGUGCACACCUGUAAUCCCAGCAUUCAGGAAUCUGAGGCAGGAGGAUUGCUGUGAGUUCUGGCCAGUGUGUAGCUACAUAAUGAGUUCAGAGCCAUUCUGGAUUACAUAGUGGGGCCCUGUCUCAAAACAAACAAACAAACAAACAAACAAAAAACCCACCAAGAGAUUCCUAAAAGAAUCCUCUAAGAUAACACAUUCAGUAUCUGACAUAGGCCCUAGCAUAGACAAGUUCAACAAAUAUCUGACAUUAAUUUCUUAGUAGAACUAAGUCUACUGUCACUCACUUGCUAAAAGGCCUGGCACCUGUCCAUUUAGUUCUGAGAGAUGUGCCUUCCCUUGAGUUCAACUCUAUCUCCUUUAGGAAAGUUUUCUUGAUAACACUUUCCCAUCACUGCAGUAUCCUUCUGUGUGGUACGACACCUAUCACUUCAGCUGGCUCAGAUGAUAGCCAGAUUUGCAAGACAGCAUUUUUCUCUAGGUCAGGCUGCAACAGGACACCCCCUAGAUAGGAGACCUCCAAGGGGCCUGAGAACUAUGGGACAGACAAGGUAAGGAGUGUGAAAACAAUUACUAAAAAGUUCUAACGAGAUUUCUUUUGAAGUUAUUCUUCUCCAGCAAAAUAUUAGGUAAGCUCUCCGGACAAAGACACAAGGAAGAAGAUGAGUAAUAACUAGAGUGGGAGAGGAAACUACUACAUACAAAUCAGCCUAGGACAGGAAUGGAGCAUGAAGAAAAUCUUCAUGUUUACCUGGGUAAUUCUGCCUUCCUGAAAAGUCUUACCAGCUACUAAGGGAACAAAAUCCCAUUUAGAUCUUACUCUUCACGUUACCAUUGCUCAGCCUAACACCCACCUACACACUCCCACUUUCCACUGUUUUUAUAACCCACUCAUUAAUAACUGGUUUCAACCGAGGAGCUUUUAGAAGUUAGGAUUCCCAGGCAUACCCGAGACAAAUAAAAUCAGAAUCUCUGAGAACAGAAGACAAGUAUCAGUAAUUUUUAAAUUCCCCAGGUAAUUUAUAGAUUGAGAAUUACUGGAGUUCUUAUUGUUGCUAUUGUUGUUUAGAAGUUUGUUUUCAGUGUAAGUCUUGAUCUAUACUUCCAUAUCUUUCAGAACCCCAAUGCAACUUCAAAGAGAAGUAAUCUACAACUAACUAGAUGGCAGUUACUCUAGUAAAGCAGUUAAAGUGUUCCUCCCUCCAAAGCAAGAGAAUGACCACUCCAGGCUGAGGCAGAAGACCAGGAGACCAUGAAACAAGACUGCAUAAGAUGAGAAAAAGGAGUGAAAAGAGAAGAGGAGGAGAGAAGAGAGAGUGCAUCUUUGUGCUGUUCAAAGGGCAGGGCAAGAACAGAAAGGAAAAAUGAAAUGGCAAAGGAAAGAAAGGAAAGGGAGAAGGAAGUAAGUUUGUAAAUAUUAUGGCCCACAGGCUGCAAGGAGGCUAGUAGGGUUACUGUCCUCUCUGUAUCCAAGGCUCCAUCACCUAGCAGGACCUCUAUGACCUCACGCUGGAGUAGGUCACAGCCCAAGGUGGGGGGAGGGGGCACCUUAACUUCCUGGGCAGAUUGGGGGUUCCUGCAGCAGUCACUACCUUGCCCAACCCCUCCCCACCAUGUUGGUCAGUAACCCCCACCUGCUAACACUGGAUGAAGCAGAUGCCACUUGGGCCCUCAUCAAGGAUAAGGUCAUCGAGGAGCGUUUUGGGUCCAAUGUAGUGGCAGUACCUUUCCUGUCGGAUGCAGCCUACUAUGAUCUACUGGGCGUGCUAGUGAAACAGUCCCGUCGAGCCCACACCCGCCUAACUUUGCCAGGCCGGCAGGGCCGAAGGGCACUGAAAUCAGUAGGGCUGCUACCAAAUCUUCUAGAACAGGCAGGGUCUGAGGGUGUCUUUGCCCACUGCACUCGGGAAUACUCACCAAAUGGCCGAGCCGAGAUAGCCUAUGAAGAAAUGCGAAUGUUGGAUGGGCAGCCCUGCCGGAUCCGCCUACAUAUGGGAGGUCUGCGCAAGAAGGUUGCUUUCCUGCUGCUACCACCAGGGCAGGUGAGCCUACAGCAGAAUCUUCCCUGGAUCCGAAGCACCCACAGCAUCUACGUCAUCUACCAGGUCUUCUCCUGCACCUGGCUGCAGCUAGGGCUGUUACCUACAGCCCGUGAGCCCCAGCUGCUCCGGUUACAGCGGUCACUACCUAUUGCUUUCUCCUGCCUCAAGUUUUCACUGCAGCCCAAGGGUGUGCUGGGACCACAGAAGUCUCUGACCAAAGAUCCCUUGCCCCAAGGAGCCACCUGGGUUAGACCUAGCCUUAGCAUCUUAUCAACUCUGGCCCCCACAUCAGUACCUGCUGAUACCCUUGAAGUUGCUGAUGCAUCUCCACCUGUCCCAGCCCCACCUACACCACCUCCCCAAGAAGGGCCAGAAGGCAGACCCACCAGAUUCUCCUAUAAGGGUCGAAACCCCUUCCGGAGGGGCCCCUAUAUGCUUUCAGGGUCUGUCCUCAGAGUUCGACAGCGACGAAUGAAGCUGAGGCAAGAGACGCAGGGGGCGAGGCCCCUAAGAUCUGACAUAGGGAUAAUGGUCCCCAAUAAACAUCAGCUGCUGCACCCCCAACCACCCUGGGCCUGUGUGCUUCUUCUUUCUUGAGUCCAGAAAAAUGAAGUCUCCAUUUUCCCCUAAGCAUUAAGUCCUCUCACCUUCUAAGAGUAAAGGGGCUAUCCUGAAACCCUAUCAUCAGUGUUAUCUCCCCUG